CCGGGGGUAGGUGAGGUGGCCUGGUUGUUGAGCUGGCAAUGCACAAGCACCAUCCGCGAGCCCAAUCGCAGCUGGGGCAGUGGUAGACCCGCCCUUGCCUGGCCAACCACGCUCAACCAGCUGGGCACACUCAAUUCGGACAUCUCAACUUUGCUCCUCCUUCCCGCGGCUGUUCUCGGUUGCUAGACCGACACAACCGCCUUCUUUGGUGCGCAGUCGUACUCGACGCGAAUGCUGCUGCUACCCCGGGGCUGAACACGGGACGAAUGGCCGACCUCGACCAGCAGCAGGGCGGGCCCAGUACCUCGCGAAGAAGGAAGCAGACCGGCAAACCGAGGCCUCAGCCCGCAAAUGAUUGGUCACGGGCUGGCGAGCCACGCCCCCGCGCCUCGCCUCGUCCGAGACGCCAUGGAGAUAUAGAUAUGGACAUAGUCGAGUCGUCGUCCAACGAGGACGACGACAACGAGGCCAGGGCGUCCCCGAUGAAGCAGAAGCAACGUCGCAGGCGCCGCCCGCAACGUCCGAGUUCCACGACAUCUGAUACGGCCUCCGACACGACGCCUCCCGUCCUCAAGGCCAGUCACCGGUCUCCAAAAGGUCGCUCCAAGGCCAUGCGGGUGCCCAACGCUUCUGUGCCCGUGGUAACUGCGGACCCGGUCCCUCGGCGCCCAACCUGUAUCAUCGAAGAGGAGGAGGAGGAUGAGGAGGAGGAGGAGGAGGGGGAGGACGACGAGGAGGAGGAGGAGGACGUGGCGCCCUCAGGCCCAUCGCGGCCCGUGAGUCGCCAGACCAUAGCUCGCCGCGAAAUCAGUCCCCGAUCCGCACACCGCUACCGGUCGACGCCUGAGUCCCGCCGCUCACCGAGAACAUCCGUAUCAGAUUCCGAAGACGAUACCGACGCCACCUCCGACUCCGAAGAGGAGCAGGUCAUCCAGCCCCGCGGCAAGAACCUUCCACCGGCGCCGAUGGCCCCUGCUGUUCCGCCCGCUCCUCCAGCCAACGCUGUCCCCAUCUCGCUCCAGGAGCGGCUAAGCCGACGUCCCGAGAUGGUAUACGAGGAGGAGGAAGGGGACGGUACCUCAAGGUACGCCCCGUCGGUAGCCCGCCAUCGGUCAUUAUCCCGCCCGCCCUCCAGCAGGCAGGAUCAGUACCGACGCCCCAGGGAUAUCACUGUAUCCGGUCCUCCAAGCCUCGACGAGACGCGGAGGCGGUCUCGGUCCAGAUCCAAAAGUGCCAGACCGUCCAGGAGGCACUAUGACUCUGACGUCUAUGUUCCCUCAAGGCCUGCUUCGACGUUCCAGAGGCCCCAUGCUUCAUCAUCCUACAGUAUAAGUUCUUCCGCACGGCGUUCAACGCUCUUUGGUGAUGUCGCCGCGCACUCGGCCCGCCCAUCGCGCUUGGAGAAGCCAGUCGAGCGUACUACCGUGUGUGUGCUCUGCCGGGAUAAGAACACGCUUGUCAGCAAGACAGUCAAGCUCAAAUGCUGCCACCGCAUGUGCCAUUCGUGUCUGCGCAGGGUCUUCGAACUAUCUCUCACUGACCCUCAGCAACACAUGCCCCCGCGAUGUUGCACCUCCGAUAACAUUCCUCCCAAGUACGUCGACAUGCUGUUCGAUUCCAGCUUCAAGAGGGAAUGGGCCCAGAGAUACAGGGAGCACACCAGCAGAAAUCGCAUCACGUGCCCAUCGCGUCAAUGCGGCGGCUCGGUCAAGCCAGAAGAUUUGCGCCGCGAAGGCGGUCGCUGGCAGGGCAGGUGUAGCCGUUGUAGGACCAGGAUCUGCGGAUCCUGCAGUGGCCGAUGGCACCACCAGACCGAAUGUCCACUGAACGAUGACGCCACCCAGUUGCUCGAGCAGGGGAAACGGGAUUCCUGGCAACGCUGCUACCACUGCAAGACCGUGGUGGAGAGGAAGCACGGUGUCAAACGUGCGAUAUGGUUAGAUCACUGUGGCGCAGAGCUUUGCCUGGUCUGCGGAGGCAAGUGGAAGUCGUGUGAAUGCCCCUGGUCCAAGUACGAUGCGGAGGCGGAUGUGAUGAUUUCAAGGCCGAAUCCCUUCGCUUCUCGCCCCGCCUCACCGCGUGAGCUUCAGUCGGAUUUCACGCCUCCUACCACUGCUCGACCUCGGCCGUCAAGUUACGAGGACGACCUGUACCUGCGUCGGCUACAUGACCACGGAGAGGAGCAUCUCGCGAGAAAGAUGCACUCUUUUGACGCGUUUGCUGAAUUUGAUCGAAAAAGGGAGGAAUACGACUUGGAUGAUGCCCUUGAGCCUCGUGAUCGCCGGCGCCGUGCCGGAACUCGGGACUACGGCGCGCCAUUCGAGGAUGACGACUAUCAUCGCCGCGCUGCGACCGUCGUAGCCCCAUCACCGCCACAACUACACGUGCCCGCCGCACCGCCACCGCCGAGAUCCGCAUUUGAACCGCCUUCACGUUCAGCUUUUGAUCGGGCAGCAUCCUCUUUUGAAUACAGCACCCCAGUUCACCGGAGCCGAGGGAUGCGGUAUGCCUCUCCGGAGAGAUAUGACGGUUACAUGGUGGAAAACUACCCACCAGAAAGACGAUCCCCUCGCUCUCCGGACAACUGGCACUCCUACUCACAGGAGCGGCGGCCUCGUUCUCGCGACAGGCGGCACACUUUUCCGUCCGAAUCACGGCCCACGUCGCCUGAAACAUGGCAACUGCCCACGCGCUACCCCUCUCCCGAGCCUCCCAUGCCGGCUACAGAAGAAAGAGGGCGCCCUGCUUCGCCCGAAAGACGUCGCACUACCUCUCUUGAAAGGCGCCUCGCCGGCAGGUUCAAGAAAGAGAGCAGGCAAAGCCCAGCCGCUGGGACCCUUCCCGUGGGGCCUGCCGGCCAGAUCUGUGCAAUCGGCACCCUUGGCCCAGUCGGGCCCCUAAGUCCCGCCCGCAUCCCUCACCCACCCUCGCGAGCCGCUACGCACAUCGGCAUAGGCAUGCCCAUGGCGCCUGCGCCGCCGCCCGCCAUCCACGGGGCACCUCCCGUCGUUACCCCUCUCCGAAGAUAUCACACCAUGGGCGAAGAGGGCUACGCGCCGGGCGGCAUGCCUCCACCGGCAGAUUGGUUCGGGCCGCCUCUUCCUCAUGACCAUCCGCACAAUCACCCUCAUGCCCGCCCUCCUCCUCCCCCUCCUCCUCACCCUCACGCUCCCGGGUUGGGCAUGAUGCCUCAUCACGGGCCUCCUCUCCCUGGUAUGCACGACAUGAUGGACAUGAACGGUAGUGGCGGUUCGCCGCGCGGACCCCAUGUGAAGAGGCGGCCUCCGCAGGCGCAUCGCGAGCAUAAUAAGUAUGAGCUGCCGAGGUCGUCGGUCUUGGCGGGCUUGGGAGGCUUGGGCAGGGGGAUGCAUCGUGUUUCGGAGUGGGUGAAUUAUGUUGAGCCGGGCUUGCCGGAUGGGGACGCGGCGACGACCGUUGUGCAGUAGUAGCCGGCCUGGCUCUUAUUCCGGAUUCUUUUCUUUCCCUGGCGCUUGAUUGGUUGUUUCUGAUUCAUCGCUUUUCCUGGAUACUUGUUCAC